UUGUCAUAGUAGGCCAACUGUAGGCUAUAUGACCCACAUUAAUUUAUGAUGAUGGGUUAUGGGCCUGUGUAAUAACAGGGUCAAAGCAGGCUGUGUGUUAUCGGCCUGUGUAAUGCGUGUGUGGUGUGUGUGGUGUGUGUGGUGUGUGUGGUGUGUGUGGUGUGUGUGAAUUGCUCAAUCGUCGCCAGAGGCUGCAUGUGUCAUUCAAGAGGAGGCUGAACCGGGCGGAGUUCCUGCGGCGCUGGUCGACUGAGCGUAAGGCUUUGGAAUCAGCUGUAGCUUUCUCUGCUCUGCGCUACAGCUAGACUGUCUCUCUCUCUCUCUCCGUACAGCGGGUAGAAUUUCACACCAGAAAGUACAACGCGAUCUCUCUGGACAUCCUCUCUCCAGUCCAGACGGACCUUUGGGAGACCCUUUUGGGGACUGACUGGACUGGGGCUGUCCCCAAAAAGCGACGACGGGGUUUGACACGGAAACUGUACAUUCCACGACCAGAUUUGACACGGAAGGAUACAUUCCACGACCAGAUUCUUGAUGCAGCAUACAAAUAGAUUUAAACCUGAGAAGUAAGAGUUGCAGUUUUAUGAAAAGCGUUGGGACAGAAGCUGCUCCACGCGCAUAGGAAGCUACAAUAAUGAAAAGCACAAUUUGCCAUUAAUCUUAAAAGUAAUCUGAUUUGGAUACAAUACACGGUUCAUUUGAUUCUCGUUUGCAGAGUGAUAAUUUGCUCUAUUAGAAUGAUAAACGUUAAGUGGAGCAACCCGGUCCCUUGCAUUCCCACGAGAAGAGUCGGACAGAAACGGGAAGACUCAGAAACGGGUGAAGAGCUGGUGUCCAAAUGCGCCAGGCUGAGUGAGUCUCCGGGUGACGCGGGGCUCCUCGGUAGCUCGCCAGGGUCACUGCUGUCCCCGGUCCCCUUGAGRGGCCCGACCCAUCAAGGUCCGUGCCGGAUAGGCCAGUUUCUGCUCCUACAUAUGGCUGAUCAGGACAGGAUGCACAGCGCACUCAACAUUGACACCGGAGACGCGCUGGUGUGCAAGGUGUUUGACAUGGGUCUGUACCAGGAGAAGCUCCGGGCCUACCGCAUCCUGCCGGUCCACAGGAACAUCAGCCGUAUCCGAGACAUUGUCCUGGGGGAGCGCUGGGCAUACGUCUUCCUAGAGAAGGACCACGGGGACAUGCACACCUUCGUUAAGAGCUGCAAGCGUUUGGACGAGGGGCCGGCGGCACAGCUCUUUCACCAGGUGGCGUCGGCCGUGACACACUGUCACCAGCAUGGCAUCGUAUUAGGAGACCUGAAGCUACGCAAGUUUGUCUUCUCCGACAGGAAAAGGACCCAUGUGAAGCUGGAAGGCCUGGAGGACUGCAGGGUUCUAGAAGGAGAUGAUGACUCCAUGUCAGACACCUACGGCUGCCCAGCCUACAUCAGCCCAGAGAUCCUGAACGGCUCCAGCUCCUACUCKGGGAAGCAGGCGGACGUCUGGUCCRUAGGGGUGAUGCUCUACACUAUGCUGGUGGGACGCUACCCUUUCCACGACCCAGACCCAGCUACCCUCUUCUCCAAGAUCCGCCGGGGCCAUUGCUGCCUUCCCGAGGGCCUCUCUCCCCGGGCCAAGUGCCUGRUGCGKUCCCUGCUGAGGAAAGAACCAUGGGACAGACUGACUGCCGCCGAGGUGCUUAUCCAUCCGUGGUUCCACACCACUGCCGACAACGCACAGGAAACAGGGGACAGUGAACAGGAAGUGGGCUCAGUGGAACAGACAGUGCCUUCCUGUGAUGUGGAAGAGGAGGAUGAUCUGUUCUGUUGAUUGAUGGGAUGUAUCAACGUGACUCAGCCCCUUGAGUGGAAUCGGAACUAAACAUGCUCAAAUGUUACCUUCAAGAGGGUUUACAUUUUAUUUUGAUUUGUUAUUGGAUAWUGGUCGUAUACUGUUGUGUAUGUACCUCAGACACAAGUUUGUAACUCAAAGUACUGUAGUGUUUCAUCUAUGUGUUAGAUUAAGGGAAUUGUGUGAAGUACUCAACCAUAACUGUGCGUUGUGUGUGUUCACAAUAAGUAAUUUGGUGCUAAAAACCAGCUCACCAUCACAUGAUGAUGUUUUACUAGAGUAGACUAAAGAUACAAUCUGCUGUUCAAACCGACACCCUGACACUGUUUUGGUAAAUAGCUGAGGGAACAACAGAGUAGAAACUCAGGGGCUAAUAGAGGUGUGGGAAAUGAGUAUUUCUACCCUGAGUACUGAACGGACAUCUGACUAUUUCUACCCUGAAUACUGAACUGACAUUGGCUAUUUCUACCCUGAGUACUGAACUGACAUCUGACUAUUUCUACACUGAGUACUGAACUGACUAUUUCUACCCUGAGUACUGAACUG